AUGGACAAAGAAUCAGGCGGAAUUUCCUAUUUUGAUCAAACCGGCAAUAUUCUGUUGAGCGAACCAGAACGCGGCGGAAAAUGGUUGACUGCAAAGAAAGUUUAUUGGAAUGCUUCGAAUAAAAAUACAUGGUUUUCAAAGCAACGAAGUGUCAAUUCUGAAUACGUUACGGACACAACUCGUGAUGUUUUCGAAGCAAAGUUAGAAUUUUUAUUUAAUGAAAACGAGGCGCUUUUUGGUCUUGGCUCACAUGAAGAAGGCUACAGUAACUUACGCGGUAAGUGUCGACAACUGUAUCAACAUAAUCGAAAGAUAGUAAUCCCAUAUUUCGUUUCUACUCGUGGUUAUAGUAUAUUACUCGAUUGCUGUUCACUGAUGGUCUUUCAUGAUAAUAGUCUCGGCUCCUACAUUUGGACUGAUGUUGUUGAUGAGCUUGAUUACUAUUUUAUAUACGGAGGAAAAUUCGAUAAUGUCACACGUGGAUAUUAUGAACUUACUGGUAAAGCUCCAAUGUUACCGAAAUGGGCGUUCGGUUACAUACAAUCUAAGGAACGCUACGUCAACGCCAAUGAAAUGAUAGCUAUCGUCAGUGAAUAUCGUCGUCGACAAAUACCACUUGAUCUUAUUGUUCUAGAUUGGCGAUCGUGGAGCGGAAACUUUUGGGGUCAGAAAACUUUUGAUCCUGUUCGUUUUCCUGAUCAAACAGCCUUUAUCAAUACUUUACAUGCGAUGAAUGUACAUUUUAUGAUCUCUGUUUGGUCAAUCAUGUCUGGUGACUGUCCAAAUCAGAAAGAAAUGGAACAGCAUGAUUUCAUGCUUGGCGAUAGCACUACUUACAACGUUUUCUUACCUGAAGCUCGCAAACUUUAUUGGGAUCAAGCCAAUAGCGGUCUCUUUGUUCAUGGUGUUGAUGCUUGGUGGUGUGAUAGUUCUGAACCUUAG